CGUUGCGGAGCCCCAGAUCCGCUCCCAUCGUCUUCUAGUUGGCCUUAAAAGAGCCUUCGAUAUGGUGUGAUGCCUACUAGAAAUCGUUACGGGCAGUACCAAGCUAGUCAUUUUGUUAACGAGAAUACCAAUACCUAAUCUAGCCAAGAUGUCCGCCCCCCAAGGUCCCAUCACCAAGUUCCCCGCCGACGACCUCCGUCCCUCACGUCGUUUCAUCACCUCUCACAAUAAGGAGGGGAAGGGAGUCUUCAUUGUCGACGAUGAUGGUGACCACCACCGCAUCAUGGUGCAAGGCCAGGCCGUGGCCAACAUCAUUUACAGCACCAAGGGGGAGAAGGUGGACAUGAACGACGACAAGGACUUGAUCUUUGCUAGGGACAACGAACCGGCUAUCCACGUGCCUGGUGGGAGUGUUGCCCGCCUGAUCGACUUCGCUCCUGGUAUGGAGUCGCCGAUCCACCGCGCUAUGUCUAUCGAUUACGGCAUCGUAGUCGAGGGCAAAUUCCUGCUUUCUCUCGACUCGGGCGAGAGCAAGGUUAUGUUACCGGGAGACAUGAGCGUCAACAGAGGCUGCAUGCACAAGUGGAAGAACCUCGACGAGACUCGCUCGGGGCGCAUGCUCUUCGUACUGCUCGAUGUAGAGCCGUACAAGGUUAACGGCGAGCUGAUCGAAGAGUACCUUGGUGAUCUGGCAGGGGAUUAUGCCGACGUGUCUCAUUAGGUCUCGGGUUGUAUAUGGCCGGGAAAGAAAAGGGAUAGAUAGCCCCAAGACAUAGCUAUGAAUACCAACAAUAAAAGUGAAUUGCAAACUUA